GAGGUGGGAAGUGAAACUGGUCGGGACCAGAGAGGCUGGAGGAGCUGACACUCCGGAGAAGUCCAGACAAGGCUACAGGAAGUAAGCGCUGCUUGAGAGAACCCCACAGGACAAGGACAUGGACGUGGGACGUGUCUCGACUGCCACCAGCACUAUGAAUGGAGACUCAGCCAUUUCAGUCAAUGGCACUGGAACACUUCAAGGCCCCAGGGCCUUGAAGACCAUGCCUAAGGCUGUCUCUUCCGAACCCAGGAUGGAAUUUCCUAUGACUUCCCAUAAUGGGGAGACCUAUCCCCAGCAGAGAGGUCCCAUUGCUGGGGUGUACUUGGAGACCUCAGCCCAGCCCCUGAGCCUCUACGAAGCCAUGCAGCGGGGCCUUCUCCCAGCCCAGCUGGGACUGGCUCUUCUUGAAGCUCAGGCAGCUACUGGGGGCCUCAUGGACCCCACUCAAGGUCACCUGCUCCCUGUGGCUGAGGCUGUGAGACAGGGGCUGGUAGGCCUGGAGCUGAAAGAGAAACUGCUCACAGCUGAGCGAGCCCUCACUGGCUACCCUGACCCCUAUGGGCCAGGGAAGCUGCCCCUCUUCCAGGCUCUCCACAAAGAAGUUGUGGCCAGGAAUUCAGGCCUGAGUUGGCUGGAAGCCCAGUUGGCCACAGGGGGCAUAAUAGACCCUACACAGGGAGGUCGUGUCCCGCUGGAACUUGCCUACCAGAGGGGCCUUCUGGAUGAGGAGACAGGCCGCAGCUUGUCUGAUCCCACAGCUGAUGGACCCCGGGCCUUCUCUGACCCCAACACACAGGAGCCACUCACCUACCAAGAGCUUAGGAGCAGGUGUGUGCUGAGCCCUGCCACAGGGCUGGCCCUGCUCCCGCUCAAGAUCACCUUCCCAGCCCUGGGAGGGAUGGUGAGCAGUGAACAGCUUCUGGAGGCUGGCAUCCUGCCCAGGGAGGUGUUUGAGGACCUGAGGGAGGGGAGGCUACUUGUGCCUGAGGUGAGGGCCCGGGAAGAAGUGCAGUGUUAUUUGGAGGGAACAGGCAGUGUAGUUGGGGUCCUUUUGCUGUCCACAGGCCAGAAAAGGGGCGUCUACCAGGCCCUGAUGGAGCACCUCCUUCCCCCGGGCACUGCACUUGCCCUCCUCCAGGCUCAGGCUGCUACCUGCUCCCUCAUGGACCCUACCAGUGACAAGAAGAUGGGGCUAGAUGAAGCUGUUAGAGCUGGACUUGUGGGGCCUGAGUUCUGGGAGAAACUCUUGGUAGCAGAACGGGCAGUGACUGGGUACCCAGAUCCCUUCAGCAGGGGUCUCAUCCCCCUCUUUCAAGCCAUGAGAAAGGGGCUGGUACAGAAGGAGCUAGCAUUACGGCUUCUAGAGGCCCAGCUGGCCACGGGGGGCAUCAUUGAUCCUGUUAGGAAACACCGGCUGCCACUGGAGACUGCCUUCCAAUGGAAUUGUCUAGAUAAGGAGACAUUUGCCAGUCUCUCCCAACCUACUGGCUUCUUUGACCCCAACACCCAGGAGAACCUCACCUAUGAGCAGCUGUUAGUCCGCUGUGUCACUGAUCCAGAGACUGGCUCCCUCCUCCUGCCCCUCAUGGGGGGAGAUCACAGAGGGCAUUCAGAAGGACACUGGUUCAUUGACCAUGCCACACAGGAGGGCCUGAGGAAGGCCACAGUAGUUGCUACGUCAGGGAAGCUCAAAGGACAAAGGGUGUCUCUCUGGAAGCUGCUCUUCUCGGACGUCAUCCCAGCAGAGCAGAGAGCUGCCCUGGCCCAUCAGUACCAGGAGGGAACACUCUCAACAGAGAUGCUGGCAUCCCAGCUCAGCGCCACCAUUGACCAGGCUGCCGCCGCUUCCCGGGUCACCUUCGAAGGCCUGAGGGAAAACGUGACACCGAGGGAGCUUCUUAAGUCAGAGAUCAUCAAUCAGGACCUGUAUGAGAAGCUGGAGCAGGGACAAACAACAGCACAGGACGUGGGGGGCCUUGACUCCGUCAGGAAGUACCUGCAAGGGACAGGAUGCAUCAGUGGCCUGCUCCUGCCCGACUCCCAAGAGAAGAUCAGUAUCUAUGAGGCCAGAAGGAAGGGCUACCUGAGACCGGGGACAUCCCUCAUUCUUCUGGAGGCCCAGGCAGCCACAGGUUUUGUUAUCGACCCAAAAGAGAACAAGAGAUACUCUGUGGAGGAUGCCCUCCGGGCCAAUGUCAUCGGACCUGAUGUUUAUGAAAAGCUACUGUCAGCUGAGAGAGCAGUGACGGGUUACAUGGACCCGUACACAGGAGACAGGCUUUCCUUGUUCCAGGCCAUGAACAAAGACCUCAUUGUUAGGGACCAUGGCGUCCGCUUGCUGGAGGCCCAGAUUGCCACCGGUGGCAUCAUCGACCCUGUGCACAGCCACCGGGUCCCUGUGGAGGUGGCCUACAAGCGUGGCUACUUUGACCGGGCAAUGAACCUGAUCUUAUCUGACCCCUCGGAUGACACCAGGGGCUUCUUUGACCCCAAUACACACGAGAAUCUCACCUACCUGCAGCUGUUGGAGAAGUGCGUGACAGAGCCGGCCACUGGUCUUUGCCUCUUGCCACUUAAUAGCCGGAAGCCUCAGCUGGUGAAUGAAGCCACCCGCCAGGCUUUCCAGAGCUCGCUCCUGCUGGUGAAGUAUGGCAGGUUCAAAGGUCAAAGGGUCUCUGUAUGGGACCUGAUUAACUCUGAGUACUUCAGCGAGGGACAGAGGAGGGAGAUUCUGACCCACUACAGGCUGCAGAAGGUAACCCUGGAGCAGAUUGUGCGGAGAUUAGAGGAAGAGAUGAAAAAGUGGGCAGGCAUCACCCUGCCCGCUCUCCGGGGUUGCGUCACUGCCUACCAGCUCCUGGAGUCUCACAUCAUUGAUUGUGACCUCCUUGAGAAGGUACUGGAAGGGAGGGUGAGCACUGAGGAGCUCUUGAAGGUAGAGUCAGUCCGCAGGUACCUCCAUGGCUCAGGUACCAUUGGGGGAGUCCUCCUGCAGCCUUCUAACCAGAGGCUGAGUCUCUAUGAAGCCAUGAAACAGAAACUGUUGGGACCUGGAGUGGUUCUCCCUCUCCUCGAAGCCCAGGCUGCAACUGGCUCCAUCAUCGACCCUGUGACCCACGAGAAGCUGUCUGUGGAUGAUGCUGUGAGAAAGGGAUUGGUGGGGCCAGAGCUCCAUGAGAAGCUCCACUAUGCUGAGGAGGCAGUGACAGGCUUCACGGACCCCUUUACAGGCAAGAAGGUUUCCCUUUUCCAGGCCAUGAAGAAAGGUCUGGUCCCUUCUCAGCAGGCCGUGCAGCUCCUAGAGGCCCAGGUAGCUACCGGGGGCAUCAUUGACCCCAAUGGCCACCACCAUGUCCCCAUGGAAGUGGCCGCCCAGCGGGGUUACAUUGAUGAGGAGAUGGAGAGGACCCUUUCUGGAGCCUCCCCUGCCACCAUCCAAACGUUCUCUACAGUGGAUGGGAGUGAGAGCCUCAGCUAUGCCCAACUUAUGGAGAGCUGUCAACAGGACGCAGCUUCUGGCUGUCAUCUGCUGCCUCUGCUCCAAACAGCAGCCCCCGUCUCCACAGAUGAGCAAAUUCAACAGGUCUUCCACAGUACACUGGUGACUGAGAAGGAGAUCUCCCUCUGGGACUUGCUGUGCUCUGGGCACUUCACUGAGGAUGACAGGGCAGCCUUCUUGGAAGACUUCCGGCUGGGGCGGAUGACAGUCCAGGAAAUUAUGGCUACUGCUCUGAGGCAAGUAAGAGAGGCUGAGCUGCAGGCGCAGACCCACAUCAUGCUACCAGGCCUAUGGGGGGAUGUCCCUGCUGUCUGGCUGCUGGACACAGGAAUAAUUGACCUGGAGACACUGGAGGGACUGGUUCAAGGGACACGGUCACCAAGAGAGGUUGCCGAGAGACCAGAGGUGAAACAGUACUUACAGGGAACAGGAUGUAUUGCUGGGGUCCAGGUGGAAGGAUCCAAGGCCAAGAUAAGCAUCUACCAGGCCAUGAAAAGCAACUUGCUUCCCUCUGGCCUGGGGCUGAGGCUACUGGAGGCCCAGCUGGCAGCAGGCUCACUUGUCGACCCACAGAACAACAAGAAGCUGUCUGUGGAAGAAGCGGUCAAGACUGGUGUGAUUGGGGGAGAGCUGAGUGAGCAGCUCACUCAAGUAGAGCGAGUAGCAACUGGCUAUAGUGAUCCCUACACAGGCAGCACCAUCUCUGUUUGGCAGGCUAUGGGCAAGGGGCUCAUUGCCCAGAGCAAGGGCUUUCUCCUUCUGCAGGUACAACUGGCUACAGGGGGAAUUGUAGACCCUCUCCACCACCUGCACCUACCCCUGCCAGCUGCCUGCAGGCUUGGCUUCUUAGAUGAGGAGACAGGUCAGGCUCUAGCCAAGACCACUGUAGAUAAGAAAUUUUUCUUUGACCCUAACACCCGUGAUAAGGUGACAUACCAAGAGCUAAAGGACAGGUGCAUCUUGGACUCUGAGACGAGCCUAUGGCUGCUCCCUCUUUCCCAGAGUGUGGCAUUGGAUGUAGAUGACCACACCAUCAUGACUCUGAAAGCCAUGACAGUCCCUGUCAAGGUGGGAAGGUUCAAAGGCCAAAAUGUGUCUCUGUGGGACCUACUCCACUCCGAGUACGUUAGUGCUGACAAGCAGAAGGAGUUGGUAGACCUGGGUCGCUCAGGAAGGGCUGCGGCCCUACGCCAGGUGGUCACAGAUGUCACUGCCCUCAUUGAGAAGACAGAGCAGAAGGCCAGGCAGAUCACGUUCCCUGGCCUCAGGAAGCAGGUGUCAGCCAAUGACCUGUUCAGAUCCCAGCUGAUUGAUAAGCAAACACUGGAUGAGCUGAACCAGGGGAAAAAAACAGUGCAUGAAGUAACUGAGAUGGAGGGUGUGAAGCAGUUUUUGAAGGGGGGCAACUUCAUAGCUGGAGUCCUCAUCCAGGGCACAAAGGAGAGGCUGAGCAUCUAUGAUGCCAUGCGGAGGCACAUACUGAGGCCUGGCACAGCCCUGGUGCUGCUAGAGGCCCAGGCUGCUACAGGCUUCAUCAUCGACCCCAUCCAGAACAAGAAGAUGUCUGUAGAGCAAGCAUUAUCAGCUGGACUGAUUGGAAGAGAAGUAUAUGAGAAACUUCUGAGUGCCGAGAAGGCAGUAACUGGGUAUGUGGAACCCUACACCAAUAAACAAAUUUCCCUCUUUGAAGCCAUGAAUAAGGGGCUCAUCUUAAAAUCCCAUGCCAUCCGCCUUUUAGAGGCUCAGAUUGCUACAGGGGGCAUCAUCGACCCUGUGCACAGUCACCGCCUGCCCGUGGAGGUGGCCUACCAGCGUGGCUACUUUGAUGAGGAGAUGAACCAGAUCCUGUCUGACCCCUCGGACGACACCAAGGGCUUCUUUGACCCCAACACCCACGAGAACCUCACCUACAUGCAGCUUCUUCAGAGGUGUACCUUGGAUCCUGAUAGUGGUCUUUUUUUUCUUUCACUUAAAUAAUAUUCAGUGUUUUUUUUUUUCAUUGAUUUCACUUUACAUCCUCUAAUACAAUCUUCCCUAUUUUUGUGUUUUUCUCUGUUUUCAUUUUUCAUUGGUUUCUUUUCUGUUUAUACCUCUUUUUGUAUCAACUAUUUUAUUUUCCCUAUACCAAUUAUUUUUAUUUACAUGAUUAGUAUACUGAAAGAACUGCCAUCUCAGGUUUUGUAUUUUGUUUCCUUUUUACUUUCAUUAUUAUUUAAAUAACUUUCACAUGAUGCUUUCUUUUAUUAUCACACCUUGGUCUGUAUUUCUAAAAUUGCGUUGGUUUACAUCCUUUGGUAUGAUGUUCCCCUUUAUACAUAUCUUUCCCUUUUUCCAAAAUGGAGAGAAUCAGUAGGUGCUAAGUCUUCUCUUGUUCCAUUUUCAGCUCUUUUCAUUUUUAUGGGGACUGUUCCAUGUUUUUUUAGUGCCCAGAAAUAAACAAUGAUUCCUUUCUUUUUCCGUAGGUCUGCUAUCAUUCAAAUGGCACAUUCUGUCUGUUUUUGUUACACCUGCCAAAAAAAUCCAGUUCUCUCUGCUGUGAGGAGAAGAAUAGUGUAAGGAGAUAGAAAUCAUGAUUCCAUUUUUUUCAUUUCCCUUUUUUUUAGUUGUUAUCAUUUGAAUUUUUCCCUACCAAGUGUGAUGAUUUUCAUCAUUUAUUUCUUAUGGAUGAUGUCCCAUUCCUUUGAAAAUGUCUAGUAAUACCAAUAGGGUAUGCCUUUAUUAUAAAAUUUGGUGAACUUUCAUCCUGUCUGUUAUUCAUAGAUACAGUAACAAAUCUUAGGAGUGGUAUAUUUCAGAUGAAUUGAUUUGUUUGUCUAAGAACAUUGGUCUGUUACACCUCAUGGGAAAUAAUAAUGGCUUUGAAUAUCA